AAAAUAUAAAUCCUCGGUCUUCGCCUGAAGGAAAAAGAAUCUAACCUAACAUAACCUAAACAGCCAGGUCGAAUAGAUCAUCACAGGAGAAAAUGUAUCAAUGAUAAUAAUGAUACGUUUGACUGCAUCUGCUAAGCCGGAAUUGCAAAAUAAAUGAGUGAAAAAAUCGAACGUUGACAAUUAAAAAAUUACUAAAAAUGAUUUUCAUUCUGAGACUGGGUGCAUGUAAUAAAUUGAGGAGCGUGACUUCUUGUAUAGAUAAAAUCAAUCAACCCAUACGUUUUCAGUCAAAUGCAGUGACUCGUUAUGUCGAUUAUCACUUGAUUUACAAGUACCCGUUGAUACGUGCUGCCAGUAUUGUCAACAGGCUAAAGUUGUAUCAAACCAUUGCAACCGGUACCGGUAUAUCCGGAGCAGUGGUUCUUGCCAUAUCAGAUGUCAUCAGUACAGAGACUGCAGUUUUGUUUGCAGGAACUGGAUUGUCGUGGUGUUUGGCAUUCUUUACGAUUGGUUUCCUCGGUCAAAAUCGAAUCGGAAUGAUAUACUUGAUGGACGAUCAAAAAACUGUGAAAGUUUCAUACGCAAAUAUUUGGGGAACCAGAGUCGACGUUGACAUGGAUAUAAAUGAUAUCUGGCCUCUGAGUGAGACGUCAACCAAUCCCAUCCUGCCUUAUUACAGCUUGCAACGUUACUCUACGAAGGAUACUCUCAAAUUCAAUUUGAAAUAUGCAAUUAUUGAAGAUCCCGCUAAAUUUAAACUAAUAUUUGGCGAGCAUGUUCUGACAAAAAGAGUUUAAAUUAAAAAUAGGUAUUCCUAGGCAAUAAAA